AUGAAGGCGGCGGCCAAGACCCCGCGGAGACCGGCGGCCAAGAAGCCGUCCAACCCCAGCCUGAAGGACCCCGUGGGGGUGUACUGCCGGCUGCGGCCGCUGAGCUGCCCCGACGAGGAGUGCUGCAUCGAGGUGAUCAACGAGAACACCGUGCAGAUCCACCCGCCCGACGGUUACCGUGUCGUCCGCAACGGCGAGUACCGGGAGACGCAGUAUUCAUUUAAAGAAGUAUUUGGCACCCUGGUUGCUCAGAAGGAACUUUUUGAUGUGGUGGCUAAGCCUCUCGUGGAAGAUCUCAUCCAUGGGAAAAAUGGCCUGCUUUUUACGUAUGGAGUAACGGGCAGUGGAAAGACACACACCAUGACAGGGUCUCCAGGGGAUGGAGGGCUUCUGCCUCGGUGCCUGGAUAUGAUCUUCAACAGCAUAGGACCGUUCCAGGCCAAACGAUUUGUUUUUAAGCUUGAUGAGAAGAAUGGUGUGGAUGUUCAGUGUGAAGUGGAUGCUCUGCUAGAGCGACAGAAGAGAGAUGCCAUGCCUGUUCCAAAAACUCCAUCUGGCAAGCGCCAAAUAGAUCCAGAAUUUGCUGAUAUGAUCAACGUGCAAGAUCACUGCAAAGUGGAAGAAGUUGAUGAAGAAAACGUUUAUAGUGUCUUUGUCUCCUAUAUUGAGAUCUACAAUAACUACAUAUAUGACCUCUUGGAGGAAUCUCCCUUUGAUACCAUAAAACCAAAGUGGAACAAUUGCAACACUCCUGUGCGAAAUGGUGACUUUAUACCUCCCCAAUCCAAAAUGCUGCGCGAGGGCCAGAAUCACAAAAUGUAUGUCACAGGCUGCACCGAGGUAGAGGUGAAAUCCACAGAAGAAGCUUUUGAAGUGUUUUGGAGAGGUCAGAAAAAGAGGCGUAUAGCAAACACUCAGCUGAACAGAGAAUCUAGUCGCUCUCAUAGUGUUUUUAUAAUAAAGUUGGCUCAGGCACCCCUGGAUGCUGAUGGAGAUAACGUGCUACAGGAGAAAGAACAUAUCACUUUAAGCCAGCUGUCCUUGGUUGAUCUCGCUGGGAGUGAGAGAACUAACAGAACAAAAGCUGAAGGGAACAGGUUGCGUGAAGCAGGUAAUAUUAAUCAGUCACUAAUGACAUUAAGAACCUGUAUUGAAGUUCUACGGGAAAACCAGAUGUAUGGAACAAACAAGAUGGUUCCAUACAGAGAUUCCAAGCUGACUCAUCUCUUCAAGAACUAUUUUGAUGGUGAAGGAAAAGUGCGUAUGAUCGUGUGUGUUAAUCCUAAAGCCGAGGACUACGAGGAAAGCUUGCAAGUGAUGCGAUUUGCAGAAAUGACUCAGGAAGUAGAAGUUGCCAGACCUGUUGAUAAACCACUGUGCGGCCUCACCCCCGGGCAGCGCUUCAGGAACCAGGCCUUCCGAGAGGAGCUCUCGCGGAAGCUGGAGCUGCGGGGCGGCCCCCUCCACAGAGAAACAGAAGAGCAAUCUGUUUCAGAAAUGCUUUUGCAGAGCUUUCCUCCGUUGCCUUCGUGUGAACUUUUGGAUAUUAAUGAUGAUCAAACACUUCCAAAGCUUAUUGAAGCCCUGGAAAAACGCCAAAAACUAAAACAAAUGUUGUCAGAGAAAUUUGCCAAAAACGUGCUUUCCUUUAAAACUAUGCUGCAAGAAUUAGAGUCCAGCAUCGUAUCCAAGGAGAACUAUAUUCAAGGAAAACUGUCUGAAAAAGAGAAAAUAAUAGCAGGACAGAAAAUGGAGCUAGAACGCCUGGAGAAGAAAACUAAAACUCUGGAAUACAAGAUUGAGAUUUUGGAGAAAACGGCUACGAUUUAUGAAGAGGACAAACGUAAUCUCCAGCAAGAGCUAGAAAGCAAGAGCCAGAAGCUGCAGCGUCAGGCUUCCGACAAGCGGCGGCUGGAGGCCCGACUGCAAGGCAUGGUGGUGGAAACCACCAUGAAAUGGGAAAAGGAGUGUGAACGUCGUGUAGCAGCCAAGCAGCUGGAAAUGCAGAACAAACUUUGGGUCAAAGAUGAAAAACUGAAGCAACUGAAGGCCAUUGUUACUGAACCAAAGAAUGAAAAACCUGAGAGGCCGUCACGGGAGAGAGACAGAGAGAAGCCUGUUCAGAGAUCAGUGUCUCCUUCGCCAGUAUCUCCUUCUAGUCAUGGCAUUGCUCAGGUCCCUAAUAGCCAGCGGCUGGCGAGCAACCCGCAGGUGCACAGACGGUCUAAUUCUUGUAGCAGCAUUUCUGUGGCCUCCUGCAUUACGGAGUGGGAGCAGAAAAUCCCUUCGCACAAGCAUGCCAGUGGCACUCCUAAUGCAAGGAGCAGACAACAAGAACCAGAGCCAAAUAGAAACUAUACCGCUUCAGACAGAAGGCGAGGGAUGUACUGCACGGGAGUCGUUGAGGUUCGCAGACAUAGAAAUGAGCUAGAGAUAGAAGAGGACCAAUGCUGCAGGAACGCACCUCCGGUUCGCCUCCGGCACAGACGCUCGCGCUCGGCUGGGGAGAGAUGGGUGGACCAUAAACCACCUUCUAACCUGCCCACCGAAACGGUCAUGCAGCCCCAUGUCCCUCACGCCAUCACGGUAGCGGCUGCAAGCGAGAAAGCCCUAGCUAAGUGUGACAAGUACAUGCUGACACACCAGGAGCUGGCCUCUGAUGGGGAGAUUGAGACAAAGCUCAUUAAGGGCGAUGUUUUCAAAACCCGGGGUGGUGGACAGGCUGUCCAGUUCACAGAGAUAGAGACUCUAAAGCAAGAAUCCCCAACUGGUCGAAAGCGGAGAUCGUCGCCUUCCGAUCCCAACCCACCAGAAGAUGCUGCAGACUCUGAAUGGACCGAUGUAGAAACCAGAUGUUCUGUGGCAGUGGAGAUGAGGGCAGGAUCUACUCUUGGACCUGGAUAUCAGCAUCACGCUCAGCCCAAGCGAAGAAAACCGUGAACUUAGUGUGCUACUGCUUUGGAACCCUGUUGAUUUUAUCAAAGGGAUGCAAUGUACUGCCAGUAAUAACUUGAUAAACUGCUUUGUUAUUGCUACACGCUUGUAUUUUUAUGAUGACCUAUGCUAGGCACUGGUUAAAGGGGAGAUGCUUCUCACAAAGCCGAGGAAGGAUGUGCGUGUGUGGCUUCCAUAAACUGGGCAGGUUCUGCUGCUGUGGGCUUUGGACUUCUGAAGAUCACCUCUUAAGUACUUCUUUUAAGUAUGAACUCCUGUUAUUAAGCUGUAUCUUUAUAAACUGAUAACACGAGGCCUCUGCCUUGCUCUUCUUUUUUUAAAGUGCAAAGUACUCCAGGUCGCAAUCCCUUCCUUUUCAGGUUCUCUGUUUUGAAGAAACAUAAAUGCUGCUAUUUAUUUAGUCGCAGUAAUGCACUUUAGGAACGUUUCUAUGCCAUUUCAAAUUUAUAAUAGCUAGCAGCCACUCGGUGAUAUGAAUUACUCCUUGGAAGAAUUACCCAGUCCUGACUCUUGAACUGAAAGUGUUAUUUAACAUGCAAAUCAAUUUGUGAAAACAACUUCAGUUUUCGUAUAUUCAUAGUGACAAAGCAAGAAUAUGGAGAUAAGUAAUGGUGACUUGACACCCUCCCUACUUCAUUAUGUAGGGCAAACAAAUGUUAUAAACAUUUUAAAUCUGUAGAUAUGGGGUAAGAGGG